AUGGCUGAGCAGUUUUGCCAAUCGACCAGUAUUUCGUCGGAGUCCGUGAUUAAGGCCUUGGCAGUUUCGACUCCCAUGGGAAAGUCUGUUGUGUUGACUCGUCGCUGCCUUUCAUGCCCAGUGUUAGUGGGCGAUAUGUUCCUUCCUACCGAUCUGUUCAUGAUGCUAAUGGCAAGUUUUGAUGUUAUUCUGGGUAUGGACUGGCUUGCGGAGUAUUGUGCCGUCUUGGAAUGUGCCACGAGGACAGUUACAUUUCACAUUCCCAGCUUGCCAGUGUUCCGGUUCAUCGUCGAGCCUAGAGGAGAGCCCUUAUCUAGUUUCUUGGCUUCUGUUGUCAAGGAUUCUGUGGCGGGGUGUAUUGAGCAACUGCCAGUUGUUUGUGAGUACCCGGAUGUGUUCCAGGAGAUCCCAGGUUUGCCGCCACGUCGGCAAGUGGAGUUUUAA